CCAGCUCCAUCAUCACCCGCGGAAGUUUGUACAGAGAGAUUCAGAGCGCUGUCAGUUAUUUUACAAAAAUUCAUUUUUUUUCGGCACGAAUUUGGCCGUUUCGCGUGUUGCCUCGAGAACGAAGACGAAAGACAAGGAAAAAAUGAUUUUUAAAGGAUAAUUUUUGCAUCGAGAACAACAAAGCUCGCAUGAAGUGCUAACAUCUGACAGCUAAUAGUAACGUUAGCUUGUUGUUAAUUUAAUUAAUUUAUUUAUUUUUAUCGCUCGUCAACUUCAUAAACAGUCUAGGAAAGGAUCACAAAACGAUUUGAGCUGCAAUUUAGCAGCUGGCCUGCUUUUAUUAUAAGUGUCAUUUUCUGUCAUCUUCACACGGCAAGGACUGCACCAAAACAGAGGUUCAUCAUGCUGGGAGAUUGUGGCAUGAAAGAAUGGGAGAGACUAGCGCUCAGGAAGAACUCUGUCACAUUUCUGCGGGACUUAGUGGUGGAUGACCUGCUGAUCCAGUGUCUGCAACAGGAUGGAAUCCUUACAGAAAACAUGGCUGAAACCAUUAUGGCUAAACCGACAUCCCAGGGAAAGAGUCGUCAAUUGUUGUUUCUUUUGCCUAAACGUGGCCCUCAAGCAUUCAGCAGCUUCUGUGCUGCUCUUACGGCAACAGAGCAACAGCAUCUGUGCAGACUGCUCAUGGACUUUACUGAGAAAGACAAAAGCUUUUCAGAGCCAUCGCUGCCCUUUCCAACUCAGGAAUGUGUUAUACCUGCGAAAAGAGCCCGGACUCAUGAGUCCAUGGAGAUGUGUUUGGAUGCCGACUCUCCCGUGACCACAGCUGUUCUUCCCUGCACGCCAGAAUUUUACCAGUCCCAUAGAUCACAGGCUUACCCGAUGCGCUCCUGCCCACGAGGACUGGCCUUGGUACUGAGUAACGUGAGGUUUGACUCUGCUAACGCUGAUUUAGACGUCCGAAGGGGAGGAGAGGUGGAUGACGAGACGCUGAGAAGACUUUUCAUGGAACUGGAUUUCACAGUGAGCCUGCACAAAGACCUCACGGCAGAGGCAAUGCGCAGGUGCCUAGAGCAGUUUGCCCAGCGGCAGGAACAUGCAAAGUAUGACUGCACUGUUGUGUGUUUGCUGUCACAUGGAGUUGAGGGAUCUGUCUACGGCACUGAUGGACAGCUGCUGGAGUUGGACUGGGUGUUUGAGGUUUUUGAUAACGCCCGCUGCCCUCUGCUCCAGAAUAAGCCAAAGAUGUUCUUCAUUCAGGCUUGUCGAGGAGAGGAGAUGGACAAUGGUGUGGACCAGUUGGAUGGUCAGGAACGGACUCAGUCUCCAGGCUGUGAACAGAGGGAUGCUGGCAGAGAGGGGGAAAGAGAUGACAAAGAGAGGGAGGAGAAAGACAGGGAGAGACUGAGAGUCAAACUGCCCCAGAGAUCCGACAUGAUCUGCGGCUUUGCCACCCUCAAAGGUUUCAGCACUGCUGCAAUGAGAAACACCAAGAAAGGGUCCUGGUUCAUUCAGGAACUGAACAGCGCAAUCAGACAGAAAUCCAACGACACACACCUGGCGGACAUUCUGGUGCAGGUAAACAGUCGAAUUAAAAGCAGAGAGGGAUACGCACCUGGUUCAGCCCAUCAUCGCUGUAAAGAGAUGUCAGAGUUUACCAGUUCCCUCUGUAAAGACCUCUACCUCUUCCCUAAGUACUACCCCAACAACUAGACACACACAAACACACACACACUCCCCAGGCACGAAGCACACGCAGAACACUGCCUCCGCGCAUCACCUGCUGUACGCUCAGCACAGAACACACAGAGUCAUGUAAAUCUACUUGCACCCAUUCCAUGUGUCAUCUGUUUCACAUUCCUCAGCACAAUGACAGGUUCAUUAGGAUGUGUGUGUGCAUCAUUUACAAUGGAUAGAUCAGUUUUUUUUAGGUCAGAGUUUUUUUUUGUUUUUUUUUCUAGGAUGCACUUAGAAAAUGUCUUUUUUAUUUUUUUUAUGCCUUGCUCUUUUUUUAACCAAUGAAAUUGCUAAGAGUGAAUAUGCCAUUUGUGAAAAAUAUGUGAUUUAUAGGGGGAGAUUGGGGUCAAAAAUAACCCCAAAUGAAAUAUUUUUUUAUUCCAAUAUUUUUUUUUUUAUUCAACAGCUGUAUAAAAUUUGCCACAGAAUUAACCUUUUUUAACCAAAGCCAACAUUUGAUCAGUCUUUUGUUUUAUCAGAUUUAUUUUUAUUUGUUUGUUUUCAACUUACUUUGUACAGUUUUUUUUCUCAUGUUCUGUAUGUUUUGUAUUUGUGGAGCCUUUUUAUAGCCAACCUGUAAAACUUGUUGGUACAUUCAGAGCAGCUGUCACACAUACACGGUUGUAUGCAUAGACAUGCAUAGUAACAUUGUGCCAGUUCUAUACUAAACCCCUCCGUACCAUUUCACUCAUUAGAUUGGAGCAGAGCUGAUCUGCACUUACGUUAUCUUUGGUUUCCUCAGUGCAGCUUUGCAUGCAUUGAAUCAACAUCAGUACAACUUUAAAUCAAUGUUUUUAAGUACUGUGGCAUGACAUCUGUUAAUUUUCUUAAGUAACCCUGUAUUCACCAUGGCAGCUUUAUUGAACUUUAAUAGGGCUUCCUGACUCCAAGUUAAACUAUUUCUCUAUUGUGGUUGGCAUAUAAAAGUUAUUUUUAAAAACAUAUCAAUACACUUGAUCAUUCUGUAGAUAUUCAUGCAAUUCUAAAACUUCCGGAUUUCAGUUGCAUUCCAAAUGGUGUUUUUAAAUGUGGAGUAUUGUCAAAAUGAAAUCUAUUCAUCCUCGUAAUAUGUUUUGUGAUUGUGCCUGUACAUAUGCGUAUUUCUUUUACUCUUGCACAUUACUUUUCACUUUAAACAUUCUGUGUGCCAACGAAUUCAUAUUAUAGAGACUGAAAGUAUGCUGUCUUAAAGAAAAGCCUGCAGGUGGCGGUAGAGAGCUUUUGUGCUUCAUCAGCUCACCUUGUCUCAUUAGAGGUUCCAGGGUUUAGACAGUCUUCCUGUUCUGCACACACAACAUUAUUCCUCCUGGGAAUGUAGAGUGUAAAUUUGAGUGUGCUGUUUUCCAUCUGUGUCUGUGUCUUCCUGAUCCAGCAGCCAUGACCUUUAGGUUAAAGGUCAUACCUUUGACCUUUUGACACUGCCAUGGCAUCCAUUUCACCCUCGACCAUAGUUUAUCACUCAACAUGAUUCUUUUAUUUUACUGUAUUUUAUUUUAUUUUUACUGUUUUAGAAGCCAAUGAUGUAGAUGUACACUGUUCAUGCUGAUAUUGCUUUCAAGCAACUUUUGCUUUGUUGGGUUUUAUUAUUUUAGAUUUGAACUAAUAAGCUUCUUUGAACAGGGAGAAUAAUAUGGGCAUAGGUUCAUUUUAAGCAAACAUUAAAAUCCUAAAUAUAAAGUGAGGGGCUGGUGCAGAUAAAUAAUUUAUAAAAGAUUACUUUCAAAAUGGGAAAAAGUGCCAUGAUUAUUUAGAAAAAAAAAAAAGUAUUUAAACAAAUGACUGGUUAUUUGAAGUGUUUUCAUCAGUCAUAUGAAGUUUUAAAUGAAAAACAAAACUAAAGUAAGAAACUUAAAAUGUAUACACUACGAAAAUGUAUUAAUUUCAGACCCAAAGUUUUGCUGUACUGUGUAAGUAUUUCUUUAAUCCUACACUCAUUCCAUUGAGAGAACGUCAGCACAUUUACAGUACGUUCUCCAAAACCAGCCUAACUUUGUUUUAAACAACUCCCCUAACUGUAUUUAUACAUAAUCAAUGUAUUUCUCAGGCUGUGUUAAACUGGUUUUGAAUGUGUGUUCAGAAUUGUAAUGGGGAAAGCGUUGUGACGUUUAGCCCCUCAGGUUCUAGUUGUGGUAACAAAUGUUUAAAAGUUCCCUUUAAAACUCACAAUGGACAUAGAUGCUUAUUAUAAAAUCCAGUUUAGUCCCUGCCUGAUAUGUGCCUAGCAAACUUGAUAUUAAAUGGUUUAUUCACUGCCUUUUUCAUCUGUACUAACCAACUAUGAAGGGUGCUUAAAGAAACUUUAGGGAAACUGUCAUUUUUGUAUUUUUGUAAUGCAAAAGCUGCCAUAUAAUAAAGAAAUACUGUUCCAAAGA